AUGCGUGUUACUACUCUAAUAGGCCUUAUGGCCGGACUCGCCAGCCAGGCUGUUAACGCAGCCUGCAGCGCACCCCUCAAGAUCGACGACUUCUCCAAGCAAACUUCCAACCAGAACAGCUUGGGCGAGUGGACCAGUGAUGAUGGAUCCAUGUCCUCGAUCUCGGCCAGCGGCGGUGUCCUGUCUUUCAAGCCUAAGUCAGGAUCCUACUUUUACGAGACCUUCCCUUGCCAGGCAGCCAGCUCCAAUGGAUACAACUCCAUCAGCUUCCAGAUGAAGGGACCUGCCGGUGGCUCCGCGACCCUCGAGAUCCAGACCAAGACCAGCUGUUCGGCUUCGACGUACUCUUCUAAGUACGUUUCGAUCUCUGGAUUGACUGGCAGCACUCAGACCAUCAACAUCCCUCUGUCUCAGUUCUCCGGUGCCAACGCCAAUGCUGUUACCGGUUUUGUUUGGGCUGGAUUCUCUUCCACCACCGACACAUGGCAGAUGAGCAACAUCGCCUUUGGUUGCAGCAGCAGUGCUGGUGGCAGCACCUCCGUCUCCGCAACUAGGGUAGCUACCACCUCGAGCUCCUCAGUCCGCAGCACCAUGACAACCAUCUCGUCUCCCACAGCCUCAGCUGGAACCUGCUCUCCUUUGUUGAUCGAUGACUGGAUUUCUCAAUCUCGUUUGACUUUCUUGUUCUACAACGCCAUGGGAUACCCUACCUCUGAUGAUGCUUCCAUGACUUCCAUCACCGUUGGAAAGCCGUCCACUAAUCACGUCGAGUUCGUUCCCAAGGCCGACUCGUACUUCUACACCCAAUUCCCUUGCGUCAACGCGAAGAACAAGUACACCGGUAUUUCUCUUCGCAUCAAGGCCCCCAAGGGCGCAACCCUGUCCGUGCAGCUCGACUCCUCGGACAACUGUGACGCGACCAACCCUAAGUCCACCUACGCAUCCGCAACUGACCUUGGAUGGACUUUCGAUGGAACUGAGAAGCUGUACACCAUUCCCUUCAGCAAGUUCGCCGGCCUCAACACCGAGAAGCUUACCACUAUCCUCUUUUCCGGAUUCUCUGGUACCACUUCCUUCGGUCCUAUGGCCUUCUACUGCGGCAACUCUGGAGAAUACGUUGUACCUCCUACCUCUGCCGACCCCGGCGCCUCUGCUACCGUUCCCGCUCCUAGCAACCCGUCGGCUACCGGCCUUGUGAUUGACAAGUUCGCUAACGCCAACACCAACGCCAUGGGCAACUGGCACGGUGGUGACGAGGGCAUGUCUCUUCAGUACGCUGGCGGCAAGCUCACCAUCAAGUCCCCCGACGCCGACUACUCCUACUACACCCAGGUAUCUGGCGGUUGUGCCGACUUCACCAAAUACAAGGGAUCUUACCUCCACAUCGCUUACACCGGUACCACUGCCUUCACUGUCGCUUUCCAACAGCACAACAGCCAGUGCAACACCGCGAUCGCUCCCUUCCCCGAGACUUGGGAUUCCGCUGAGGCCGGCCGCUACGCCAAGAACGGACACAUCUACAUCCCCAUCAGCCACUUCAACAUCAACCUCUCGCGCGUCGUCGGCUUCGCGCUCAAGGGUUUCCACAGCAGCGAGUCCGUCACUCUCUCCGUUAUCGAGAUCGUCUCCUCUGUUCCCGCUGGUACUACCAUUCCCAAGAAGGACGAAACUGGUGACCUAGUCUUCGCUUGCAAGCGCCCCAACUCCUUCGCCUUCGCCAUCGACGACGGUCAACCCGACCUCGCUCAGGAAGUCCUUAAGAUUAUCCGCGAGGAGGACGUCAAGGUGACCUUCUUCACCGUCGGCGCUCCCCUUCUCGACGCCUCCACCAACCUGACCAACGUCUACAAGGAGAUGAUGUCCGCAGGCCACCAGCUCGCCCUCCACUCCUUCACCCACCCUAAGAUGGAAGGUCUCCCCGACUACGCAUCCAUCGACUGGGAGUACAACGAGGACGUCAAGGCCAUGAAGUCGCAAUUCAACGGCUUGACCUCCACCUACUUCCGUCCUCCCUUCGGUACCGAGGGUGCCCGCAUGCGCUCGCGUCUCACAAAGGCCGUCGGCAACACCGCCAAGAUUGUCAACUGGAGCGUCGAUGUCGAGGACUGGUUGUGGGCUGAGACCGACACCCCUGAGCAACAAAAGGUUGCUUUCCAGCGCGACGUCGACAAGGGUGGUAACCUUGUGGUUCUCCACUACCUCUACCCUAGCACUGUCAGCUACCUUCGGGAGUUCAUUCAGAUCGCCAAGGCUACUGGCAAGCAGCUUAUGCGUGUCGAUCAGUGCAUGAUGGACCCUAACGCUCCUCCGCUAUAG